AUGAUAAUGCUCAAGAAAUUGCCUGAAGAAGUCUUAAAUUUGUGGAACAAAUGGGAGAUUCGAGGAAUGCUUUUAGUUAGUCUCUUACUACAAAUCAUCCUCAUUAUAUUUGGUUCUCGAAGAAAGUACAUUGCAAGAAGCUGGGUCAGGAUUUUUGUUUGGUGUGCAUACCUCUCAGCCGACUUGGUGGCAACUGUUGCACUGGGUAUUCUAUCUAGGAGCCAAGGCGAUUCAGCAGGAGACGGUUCAAAUAAAGCAAACAAUUUAAUCCAGGCAUUUUGGGCUCCUUUUCUACUCCUGCACCUUGGUGGCCCAGACACAAUCAAUGCAUACUCAAUUGAAGAUAACGAGUUGUGGUUAAGGCACUUCCUUGGUCUUGCAGUCCAAGUCGGAGUGGCUCUGCAGGUUUUCUCAAGGUCUUGCGGCAGCGGUAUCCUCGCAUUCAUAGCGAUCCCGAUGCUCAUUGUUGGCAUUAUAAAGUACGCAGAGAGGACCUGGGUGCUCAGGUCUUCAUGCUCCAAGAGCUUGAAAAACACCAUUCUCUCAAAAUUUCGACCAUUUUACCCAUUAAGGGCACCAGAAACUCUUCAACGAGCUCUCGGAGGAAAUUAUCUUCGUCAAGCUUAUACCUUCUUCGAUAUAUCCAUGUUUAUGAUGCAGGAUCUUGUCCCCGGCAUUCUUGCACUAAUGAACAGCCAGUUGCUGAUUACCUCAAAUUCAGCAGACGAUGCCUUCAAGGUAAUAGAAGUUGAGCUUGGAUUAAUAUAUGACAUGCUUUAUACUAAAGCGCCCCUGAUUUACUCCCUUGUCGGAAUCAUUCUUCGCUCUAUCAGCUUUUUACUCUUUUUUACUGCGUUUAUUACCUUCCAAGUCAUGAUUGACAAGCAUGCCUACUCAACAAUCGACAUUGCAAUUACGUAUGUAUUGUUUGCGGGCUCCGCUUUUCACGAGAUUUAUGCCUUUUCAUGCCUUGUUUUCUCUGACUGGACAAUGAUUUGGUUGAUUGAUGGAGGAGGGAACGCCCUAACUAGAGCUAUUUAUUCUCUGAUAAGGAAGUUAACUAGAAGCAAGAGGUGGUCGAGAUCCAUAGCACAGCAUAACCUGAUAAGCUUUUGCAUUGAAAACAAGCCACUUAAAUAUUGUUUGGAAUUGCUCGGAAUCCUUGAAAUGACGAGGCAGGUGUAUGUGAAUCGCGAAGAUAUGAAUGUUGGACUACGAAAUUCUAUUUUCGAACACCUUCAAAAGAAAUGCGAGAAGAUCAAGGAGAAUUUUAAUUUCAUUGAUACAAAUUUCAGAAGGAUAAUAAUUGAUGAGAGAGGAGAUGGUGUGCUAGAAAGAGAGGGACAAUUACAUGACUUCAAGUGGUGUACAACUGAAGUAGAAUUCAGCCGGAGCCUUCUUGUCUGGCACCUCGCAACAGAUAUUUGCUAUUUUGCUGAUAACGAUGCAAUUAAUAAUGUCCCUUCAGACUGCGAAACAAGCAAAUGCUUGUCUGAAUACCUGAUGUAUCUUCUGGUGGCGAGACCAAAUAUGCUCCCUAAAGGAAUCGGUGAUAUAGAGAAGGGAUAUCUAGAUACUUGCCAGGACCUGGCGCUUUUAGGAAAAGUCAUUGAAACAGGCAAGAAGGCACUAAGUAAGAAGGAUGUUGUCGAUACAAUACUGCUCGACAUUGAAUCAUACACUGCUGCUGAGAGUGACUUUCUGAGCGACUGGAGAACAACCAAGUCAGUGCUAGAUGGUGGGUAUUGGCUCGCCAGGCAAUUGCGGUCAUUGGGACUCGAGAAGCGAUGGAAGAUGAUAAAUGAAGUUUGGAUAGAAAUGCUUUGUUAUGCUGCAGCUCAUUGCCCAUGGAAAGAACAUACCCAGCAACUGAGGAGAGGUGGAGAGCUACUCACUCAUGUCAGCUUUCUUAUGCUACAUCUUGGUUUGAGUGAACAGUAUGAAUACUUCAGAUUUGAAGACGUCCAGGUCUUAGUUGUUGGAAUUUGA